AUGGUCAAAGAAGACGGAGCGACAGAUACUGCGCUGCCACUGAGCGAGAUCCCCCUGCAAUCACCACCGCCGCCUGACGGUGGUUUUGAGGCAUGGGCCCAAGUGGCAUCAGGACAUCUGAUUUUAGCCCUUACCUGGGGUUACGUUUCGAGCUUUGGUGUCUUUCAGAGUUACUAUGAAACUACACUCCCUCAGUCGGCAUCCGAUAUCUCCUGGAUCGGAGGCGUUCAAGUGUUUAGCCUUUUGUUCAUUUCAACCCUGUCGGGACGGGCCACGGAUGCUGGCUUUGCCCGGCCAAUGAUACUGACCGGGUCGAUCUUCAUGCUUGUGGGCACGUUUAUGACCAGCUUAGCGACCACAUACUGGCAACUCUUUCUCGCACAGGGCGUAUGCAUCGGGAUCGGUCAGGGGCUAAUGUGGUUGCCCAGUGUGACGGUGAUUUCCACAUAUUUCGCUAAGAAACGAGUAUUCGCUGUGACCACUGCGGCUACGGGGACCAGCACGGGUGGAAUGAUAUUCCCUGCAGUGAUUCAGCAUUUGACCCCGAAGAUAGGGUUUCCGUGGGCUGUCCGCUGCAUGGGGUUGAUCGUCCUCGUUAUGGUUAUCCUGAUCAAUCUGCUUGUGCGCACUCGGCUUCCACCCCGCAAGUCCGGCCCAUUGAUCGAAUGGACCGCGUUCAAGGACACCUCUUACAUGCUCUUCACGUUCGGGGUCUUCCUCUUGUAUUGGACGCUGUACUUUGCUUUUUUCUAUGUGAGAAGCUCCGUACUUCGGGACUGGUUGGCGAUUUUGACUGAUUUCUUCCAGAUCCAAGUCUACGCUACCGACGAGCUGGGUCUCUCGCAGGCGGCCGGGGUCAACCUUAUCAUUAUCAUCAAUGCAGCCGGCAUGAUGAUUCGCGCUCCCUGCGGAUAUCUUGCUGACCGAUGGAUCGGCCCACUAAACAGCCUCAUCCCAUGGGUUGCCCUCUGCGGGAUCUUGAUUUACUGCUGGGCUGCCGUACACAGCGUCGCUGAGUUGUAUGUCUUUGCAGUGUUCUACGGUCUUGCGUCCGCCGCGGCCAUGGGUCUGUUUGCCGGCACCGUGCCGUCAUUGACCAAGGACAUCAGCAAGAUAGGUACUCGAGUCGGCAUGGUGUUGACCCUGACCAGUAUCGGGCCUCUCACAGGGCCAUCGGUAGCUGGGGCGUUGAUUGCGGACGCCGGAGGAAAUUACUUGCCAGCGCAGAUCUGGGCAGGCACGUCAUUGCUGGUUGCGACGGCUGCCUUGAUCGCUGCCAGGGUUUUGGCCUCGGGAUGGCAGUUCCGUGUGAAGAUGUGA